AUGCCGGCCGUAAGAGGGGAUGGGAUGCGAGGUUUAGCCGUCUUUAUAUCCGACAUCAGGAACUGUAAGAGCAAAGAGGCGGAGAUCAAGAGAAUCAACAAAGAGUUGGCGAAUAUUAGGAACAAAUUUAAAGGCGAUAAGACAUUAGAUGGCUAUCAGAAGAAGAAGUAUGUCUGCAAACUGUUGUUUAUCUUCCUCUUGGGUCACGACAUCGACUUCGGGCACAUGGAAGCCGUCAAUCUCUUGAGUUCUAAUAAAUACUCCGAAAAACAAAUCGGCUAUUUGUUUAUAUCGGUUCUCAUGAAUGCAAACAACGAUUUAAUGAAAUUAAUCAUCCAAUCGAUCAAAAACGACUUGUCCUCGAGAAACCCCAUUCACGUAAAUCUCGCGCUUCAGUGCAUUGCAAACAUCGGCAGUCGAGAAAUGGCCGAAACCUUCGGCAAUGAAAUUCCCAAACUGUUGGUCUCCGGCGAAACGAUUGAUGUGGUGAAGCAAAGCGCCGCUCUCUGUCUCCUACGCCUCUACAGAGCUCUUCCCGAUCUGACACCGAGUGGUGAAUGGACUUCAAGAAUCAUACAUUUACUUAAUGAUCAGCAUAUGGUCUGA